UUUCGACGCUCGCGAAAAUAGCGAAUGUACAAACAGUUUUUAAAAAAACUGCUCAAAAUUAGUGGUCAUUGCGCUAGUCGAGAUGUCGUGGUCGAAGGACACAAUGUUGAACAAUCAUCGGACGUCCGAGAAUUUCGAAUUACCACCAACGCCGCCGACGCCGUCUUCUCUUCACGUAGAAGCUCAGACUGCAAAAUCAGCAACAGGUUGCGAGACAUCCUGGUAUCACAAAUCUUGGAGUAACCCGUCAAACGCUCACAGUGUAUUUGACAUUGCAACCGAUGACACUAUUCGUUUAUUAUCUCCACCUUACGUUACGAAUUUAAUUUCGAACACUGACAGUCAAAAUUAUCGCACGUGCAGAUGGGAACAGUGCCAACACAAUGCCACGAAUUAUCAUUCGAUGAUUGAUCAAGCAAACGAAAAGAGUGCGAUAUCUCCGAACAAAUCCGAAGAGUUAUACGAGACUAAUGAGGAUCGUCGUGUAACAAUUACAACAAACACGGGAACGAUGUUUCGUGCCUGGGAGAUGCCACAUUUGCAAAACACACUUGUGAAUUACGAGCAAGGGGGCAAAUAUCAAUCUUGGCAAAACGCGCAGCAUAAUGAAAAGUUUGCGAAUUCAUUUGAGCAAAAUUCUCGGUCGUACCAACGAGAGCGAGAAUUAAUAAAGAAAACAGGCGAGAAACCGCGGAAAGAAAGAACCGCGUUUACAAAGCAACAAGUUCGACAUCUCGAGUGCGAAUUCGCACACAGUAAUUAUCUGACGCGUUUGCGUCGUUACGAGAUUGCCGUAGCGCUGGAUCUGACAGAACGUCAGGUGAAAGUGUGGUUUCAGAAUAGACGUAUGAAAUGGAAGCGAACGAAAGGAAAUAUGGCUAAUCUGCAGGAGACAACAACUACGUCGUAGAAGAUU